UCAGGGUACGCCUCGAGGAAAACCAGCUCACUGGAAACAUAUCCGAGACCUUCGGUGUCUUACCCAACUUGAACUUUAUCGACAUGAGUUUCAACAACUUCUAUGGAGAAAUCUCAACAAACUGGGGAAGUUGCAUGCGUUUAACUGAUCUAAGAAUUGCUGGAAAUAACAUCACUGGUAGCUUGCCUUCUGAGAUUGGAAACGCGACUCAACUACAUGCAAUUGAUCUUUCUUUCAAUGGUUUAGUCGGCGAGGUUCCGAAAGAAUUUGGAAAAUUGACUUCUUUGGUGAAUUUGAAUCUAAGCAGGAACCAACUUUCUGGUCAAAUAAGUCCCAAGAUUGUAUCGCUACCUGGUCUUCAAAAAUUGGAUUUGUCCAGGAAUAAAUUAAGCAUGUCUAUUCCGCAGACCAUAGGGCUUUCUUCAAACUUGUUCCUCUUGGAUUUGAGCAACAACCAGUUGAGCCAAGAUAUUCCAGGGCAAAUAGGGAUGCUAACUCAUUUGUCCGAGCUAGACUUGAGUUAUAACUUGUUAAGCGGUGAGAUCCCAGCUGAAUUCAGCAAGCUGCAAAGCCUAGUGAAACUGGACCUUUCGCACAAUAAUCUUUCUGGUCUUAUAUACAAGACUUUUGAGGCUCUGCCAGGUUUGGCGGAGGUUGACAUAUCCCACAACGAGUUUGAGGGCCCAAUCCCCAACACAACGGCAUUCCAAGAUGCACCAAAAGCAGCGUUACAAGGCAACAAUGGAUUGUGUGGAAAUGUUGAAGGACUUGAGCCCUGUAAUCAAGCGGUGGUGGAUAGGGAAAACUCUCUGGCGAUAGGCAGAGUAUUUCUUAUUGUGUUUCCUCUGCUAGGAGCAGUUCUUCUGUUCAUUUCCUUUGGAGUAUUCUGCAUUUUCCGUAGAAAGAAGUUCCAUCCAACGGUGGAACUAGUACCCAAGACAACUGAAGUCUUUUCUCUAUCAAACUACGAAGGAAAGAUCCUAUAUGAAGACAUCAUAGAAGCCACCGGGGCUUUUGACGAGAUUUUCUGCAUUGGAAGGGGAGGGUAUGGAAGUGUCUUCAAAGCCAAAUUGAGAUCAGGUGAUAUAGUCGCUAUAAAGAAGCUCUAUCAAAUGGCUGAUAGUGGGCAAACAGAUCAAAAGGAAUUUUUGAAUGAGAUCAGGGCAUUGACGGAAAUUCGACACCGCAAUAUUGUGAAACUUGUGGGCUUUUGUUCUCAUCCACAACAUUCAUUCUUGGUGUACGAGUACUUCGACAGAGGAAGCUUGUCUACAAUCUUGAGCAAUGAAGAAGAAGCUAAAGAGUUGGACUGGAACAAGAGGUUGAAUAUAGUCAAAGGCGUAGCUCAUGCUCUAUCUUAUAUGCACCAUGAUUGUAUCCCACCAAUCGUCCAUCGAGAUAUUUCGAGUAACAACAUCCUGCUUGAUUCGGAGUAUGAGGCGCAUGUUUCUAACUUUGGCACGGCUAAGCUUCUUAAGCUGGACACAUCAAACUGGAGUGCAGUCGUCGGCACAUAUGGUUACGUAGCUCCAGAGCUUGCUUACACGAUGAAGGUGACGGAGAAAUGCGAUGUGUAUAGCUUUGGAAUGGUGGCCAUCGAGGUGAUCAAAGGAAGACAUCCGGGCGAUGGCCUUUCAUCUCUGUUGGCUCCAGUCGACAUGGAGAUCUCAGUAGUUUUGAGGAAUAUAUUGGAUUCACGCCUGCCAAAGCCUGUGCCAAGCAUUGAGGAUGAACUUCUGACCAUCUUCAAGCUUGCAGUCGCUUGCGUAUCUACUGAUCCCGAACUCAGGCCGUCGAUGGAAAUGAUUUCUCAGGUGCUAUCAGCUCAUUCAACCAUUUUCCAUGGUAUUAAAAAUUCAAAGACACCCACUGACCCUCUGAGAGAUGCAACCGCUUCAAGCCGUUCAAUGGAUCAAUUUGUAGAAGAUAUCGUCUGAUAAACUAUUUUGCUCUGUCAACCACAUGCAAGAAGGAGAAGAUGAGGACUGCAUCUCGCUCAUGCUCAAGUGAGUAAGAACUGCCUUUUGUUUUGGAAGGAGCAAAACCUGAACUUACUAGCAUCUGGUUUCGCUUGCAGAGAGAACAGCUGAACUCAAGUGAUGCGUCGAACUGUUUCUGUAUCUACUAUCUAGUAUUAACCAGACUAGAGUCGUCGCACUCAAAGCUAUGUAUCCAUGUCAAGUUAGAGUUAGGAAAUAUGAUUUUUGUACCAGUGUUAAGUUGCUUAUGUAUCUAGUGUUAUCAUCUUGGAAGAGAAUGGUCCAUGUAAAUUCGAAACAGAGCAUUUAUGUGAAGUCUCUGAAAUCCUGUCCAUUGUUA